AUGGAUGAUGGCCCAAGAGGAGGAGGAGGAGGUGGUGGAAGGAAUGAACCACCUCCAAAGGACCCUAACCUUCAUGGUCCCUCACUAGAGGUCACGGAUAACUAUAAGGGUCUGAUGGCUAUUGCCAGACUGACUGGAGCAGCGGACAACCAAGCGGUCACUAGAGGAUCAUGCAAGAAGUGUGGACAGGUCGGCCAUCUUACAUACAUGUGCACCAAUCUCGUCAAUUACAGUACUCAAAAGACAACUUCAUCGUCUGGCGGCGCAGCUGGAUUGCUCAAUAAUGGCGACGAUCUUGAUGAGAUAUCAAGUACAUCAUCAGAGGACAGUAGUGAUGACGAUGACUUUAGUGAUGAUGAUAAUGCAGUGACCAAGUCAUCAAAGGAUAAAGAUAAGAAGGAUAAGAAGGAUAGAAAGGAAAGGAAGAAAGAAAAGAAGAGAGAGAAGAAAGAGAGGAAGGAGUUGAAGAGGAAGAGGAGAGAGAAGAAGGAGAAGAAAGAGAAGAAGAGGAGGGAGAAAGAUGAUAGGGGUAGAAAGAAGCACAAGCUCAAGCAGGAGUAG